AUGUGUAUGAGGCAUGCUGGGCACUUGACAACAUACUGGUCAUCAAUGCUGCUUAUAAGCAGGUUGUGUUGGAAGAUAACCUAG